AUGGCAGCCAUCAAAAACUUGCAGCUGUGGUGCAAGCAGCAGUGUGAAGGCUACCGGGAUGUCAGCAUCACCAACAUGACCACCUCUUUCCGGGACGGCCUGGCAUUCUGUGCCAUCCUUCAUCGGCACAAACCAGACCUCAUAGACUUCAACGUCCUGAGUAAGGAAAACAUUUAUGAGAACAACGCUUUGGCAUUUCGAGUGGCUGAAGAACAGCUGGGCAUUCCUGCCUUGCUGGAUGCUGAGGAUAUGGUGGCGCUGAGGGUGCCAGACAGGCUAAGCAUCCUCACCUACGUCUCCCAGUAUUAUAACUAUUUCCAUGGACGGUCACCAAUUGGAGGCCUGUCUGGAAUCAAGCGUCCCACUUCGGAAUCGAGCGAGGCGCCACCUGGGAAAAAGGCCAUUUCGGAACCUAUCAAGCCGACCCCUGUAAGUUCAGCAGCACACCCACCAGCUGCAGCCAAGAUAAACCCAGCACGUCCAGGGCAGGAUCUGCCAAAGGAAAAUUCUCCAGUGACAUCGAAAAGGGUCCUGACAGACAGUGGUAAUCUUCGGAGCAGUAGCUGUGCCAUCUGUGGGAGUCACGUGCACUUGGUUCAGCGACACUUGGUCGAUGGGAAGCUCUACCAUAGGAACUGUUUCAGGUGCAAACAGUGUUCCAACACUCUACUGUCUGGGGCCUACAAAACCGGGACCGAACCUGGUACUUACAUCUGUACCAGCCACCAACAGCCAGCCAGUCUCUGGAAUUCCGGACCGCGUAGCAUAGAGAACAAACCUACCAGUACCUCCACGACCUCAGGAGAUCCCCAGAAGGUGUUGGUGAAAUCAAGUCAGUUAAACAAAGGCACCAAUUCCACCUCCGAUCCCCCCAGUUCCACCAUGCCAUCCAGGUCACCUGCUGGCAGCAAUUCCAGCUCUGGUCCCAAAAGCCCAAAUGCUCCAUGGUCAUCAUCAGCUGGGAAUAAAUCAGAUUACCGUGAAGGUACCACUUCACCUUCUUGGACAGCAUCAGGAGCAAAAACGCAGCAAGCCCGAAAGAAGUUCUUCGAGUCCAGUGAGGGUACUUCAGGGGCUUUGACUGACAAAUCACCGGCUACUAAAGAUCAAGUCCUUCCUUCUCUUCCCUCUCAGGCAGCUAGUAAUAACACCUCUGGCAUACGCUUUUCUGGGGCAAACUCGGGUGGCACUGAGAAGGAUAAAGCACGUCAACAUCUCACGCAGGCUCUUCCUGCAUCAAAUGCCACUACAAACAGACCAGGAGGGGUCAGUUCCAGUAGCUCCCCGCUGCCCAGCAGCUUUUCUUCCACCAUCUCCCCCAGGGACAGUCCUGAUCACAAAACACAGGCCAACAAACCAGGCCAUGCAAAAAAAACAGAGCAUGCUGCAUGGAGACCGGUAUCUUCACCCAAAAGUCCAGGAAAAAAGUUAGGCGUUUGGGCUGCCACACAGAAUGGAGAGAAGGACCCGGCCACCCUCAGACCUGCUGACACAGGGCGUAAGCCUGACUGGAAGGACACCAGGGGAGGAGUGAACACCACUGAAGAUAAGUCUGAGAACCCAGCAGGCUGGCGAUCCAAAUUAAAGCCAGUGGCCAACAAAGACUCCAACCAGGGUGGUCUUAAGAAACCGAUGGACAGCUCCAAGGUGACGAGCCCAGCACGGGGGGAGGAGAAGUCGGCUUCAUCCAUUGCCACGCCAGCAAAUAAGGACACUGCUCCAUCUGCUGUGCUGCCUCAGAAGAAGAAACUGAUCCCUGACAAGGAUCUUCGCAGUGACUGGCUAAAACGGGGAGAGCCUGCCAAGGAGAAAGAGUCAGGCCAGUCAAAGCAGGUGUCUUCUCCAGUUAAACCGCCAGCUCCAAAAAUCUUCCAGAGCCUUGUGAGCGAUGAAGUGGCAUCCCUGACCAAGCUCCAAGAAGACUACAUCCCUGAGGAAGAAAUCCAGGAGAAGGUGCGAGAGAUCGAAAAGCAGCUGGAUGAGCUGGAGCUCAAGGGAGUUGAUAUGGAGAAGCAUCUGCGUGACUGUGAGGAAGAUGAUUCAGAGGAUGCUCUCAUGGUGGAUUGGUUCAAACUGAUCCACGAGAAACAGCUGCUGCUGAGGCUGGAGUCCGAGCUGAUGUACAAAUCAAAACAGCAGAAGCUGGAGGAGAAGCAGUGGAAUAUCGAGAGCGAGCUGCGGCGCCUAAUGAGCAUACCAGAGGAGAAGAAGACCUACAUGGAGAAGAAGCGGGAGAAGGAGCUGCUGGACUCGUACGUGAACACCGUCAAUGACAGAAACGAUAUCGUGGAAUGCUUGGACGAGGACAGACUCAGGGAGCUAGAGGAGGAUCAGGUGCUGGCAGACAUGCUCCGGAAGCUGGAUGCGUCUCCUGAGAGCCCAGAGCCCAACAAGAGGAAAAACAAGUUCCGCUGGUCCAAAAUAUGGAAGCAGAAAAGCAAGAAGAAAGUGCAGCAGUGA